GUGUUUUUUUAAGAAAGAGGGUAUAUUGAGGUCAAACCAUAAAACCAUUGGCAUACAACUUAUAGAAAAAGUACACUUGGCUUCCAAGGUGCUUUCGGAUUACAACUUUUGUUUCGUAUAUGUAUUAGAAAGUUAUUGUCUCGUUCAAUUAUUGCAUUUUUUUUUCUUUUUAUUUUCUGAUUCCAAUACUAUAUAUCUUCAUUUAGUUUUCAUAUUUCCUUCAAUAACUUUGUUUUAUUGAAACUAAAAUCCCCUCUUUGUGUCGUUGUUGUUGUUGUUGCAUUCCGCUCCAUUCCUUUUUCGAACACUUUUCAACCUCCUUAAAGAGAGUAGUAGAGUGAGUUUAUUUUCUUUGUUUCCUCCUCUAUAUACUCCUUAGUACUUUACCACUUGCUUUGUUUGUCUUUUUAAAAGACUUUUUAAUUUUGCUCUUCCUACUUCUUGCUUUCUGUUUUCUGCUUUUCUUUUUUUCUUCGGUUUUUUCUAUUUCUUUUUUUUUAUUGAUUAAUUUGUGUUCAUUUCCUCUCUUUCCCCAGCCCUUUUUCUUCUUCUUAUUUUAAUAUUGGUAUUUCUGUAGACAUCUCUUUGAUUCCUGACCUUUAAGAAAGUCGUCUUGUUGUCUGUGUUCUUUUUAUUGUUUUCCUUUCCUUUCCUUCUGUUAUUCUUCGUCGAAUUCAUUUCGUGAUAUCAAUUACUUGAUCUACAUUAAACGAAUCUAAAAAAAAUAUACACAUUCAUAUAAUAAAAUGAGUGCUCCUACGGAUAAUCAUGGAGUUCCUAAGCAAGGCCGUCACGGGCCACAUAACUCUGAUGAGUUGUCACUUCCCGAAUAUACUAACCAAGAUCCCAAUCCCCAAUAUAUGCCCGAACAAACCAUUGAAGAAGAUGCUCCUAGUCAGCGAGAGUUAGAAAGUGAACUUGAACGAUUGCACUCAAACGAAACCCAUAGGUCCAAUACUGUUCACAGUGGUCGCCCUGUAUCGACCGCAUACUCAACCGCUUCCACAGCCUCUCACAUGAGUGUCGAGGAUCAGGAUCAAAUUCUGAAUGCGGAAAUGUCUGUACAUUCUCAAUCUCUUCGUCGUCGGGGUACCAACAGAAGUAUCCGUAGUUCUAUGCGUCAAUCUAAAAGAAGCGCUAGCCGGAAAUCAAACAAGUCAUCCAAACAUGAGAACAUUGAGGAAGAAAAAUUGACCAAUAAAGAUGAUGAAUUACAGUUGAACAACUAUGGUCUUGUCGAGUUUAGUACAGAGUCUUCCAUAAGGGCUCCAGAUAAUCCUAUCCAUUUUUUCGGACGAAUGUUCAAGGUCGUUCAAAGACAGAGCUUUUUCAUUCGUUCCAUGAUUUAUAUUCUUCCUGUUGGAAUUCUGUUACUGAUUCCCAUCUUUAUUGGUAGAUUUUACCACCUGAAGACAAGUGACCAAUACAAUAAUCAAACUCGCUGGAUUCAUAUUGGCGGUGUUCAAUUGAUGUGGAUGUCUAUAUGGUGGGAAAUCAUUUGGCUCACUUUAUGGGCUGGCCGUUAUGCUGCUAAGUUACUUCCCUUUAUCUUUGCAUUUAUCGUAUCUUUCAUUAGUAACAACGUUGCAAAGUGGAAAUGUAUGGCAAUAGCUUUGGAAUUUCCUUUGACAUUAUUUUUGUGGAUGAUGGCCUGUUAUGUAAGUUUCCUUCCCAUCAUGACUCGGCAUCAUGUCGGAGACGGCGGUGUAUUGGAUGUACAAAAGACUGCUCAAGGAAAACGUACUCAGCUGCCCUGGGAAAAAAGUGCAAAUAAUGUUUUGAUUUCUCUUUUUAUUUGCUCCAUUAUGAAUUUAGUUGAAAAGAUCUUAAUGCAGCUCAUCGCAAUGUCUCUCCACAGACGUCAGUACGAGUCUAGGAUUUUGUUUAACAAAUUUGCAAUUAACGAAUUGUCUCACCUCUAUGAGUAUGCUAGAAGUCGUUCUUUUGACUUUAAUGAAGCCAUUCAACGUGCUAAGAAGACCGGUCUCUUCAACUUUGCUGAAAAGGACCGUGGUGGAAAGACCGUAAAUACUGCAGCUCGAGUCGCCCAGAAUGCUUUGAAUCAGACAACUUAUAGAGCAAUGGGUGCUUUCAAUUUUGCUCAUGAUAUGAUAAACAAGGUUGCUGGUGAAAUUACUAACCGUGAGAUUCAAGGUUCCACAUCUCCCAAGCACGUGGUUCAGCAUUUGUUGAGAACUACUCGAGGCUGCCAAUCAUUAGCGCGUUGUUUGUUUCAAGCUUUGGUGAGAUCCGGAAAUAUCGAUAUCGUAUAUGACGAUUUCGUACCCGUUUACAGGAAUGAAUUAGGUGAAGUAGACGAAGAAAAGCUUAAUGCAUGCUACAAUAUUUUCGAUCGUGAUUUGAAUGGCGAUAUUACCUGUGAAGAAAUUGAACUAGCGAUUGUGGAGAUUGGAAAGGAACGAAAAAUUAUUUCGGCUUCUCUUCGUGAUCUGAAUGUAUCGAUUGGUAAACUGGACGCAAUUUGCAUGUUUUUCGUUGCUUUAAUCACCUUGUUCAUCUUCCUUUAUUUGAUAGCUCGUAACUUUAGUGGUGUUUUAACUUCUGCCGGUACCUGGCUGUUGGGUCUUUCUUGGCUCUUUUCUAGUUCUGCAGUAGAAUUGCUUAAUUCUAUCAUUUUUGUAUUUGUUAAGCACCCUUACGAUGUCGGUGACCGAAUCAGUGUCUUGAUUAACGGUGUUGUGACCCCAGCGAUGGUGAAAGAAAUUGCCAUCAUGUCUACAGAAUUCCGUUUGCUAACUGGUGAAAUUAUUCAAGCACCAAAUAACUUGCUGAACACACUUUGGAUUUCGAAUAUGCGUCGUAGUGACGGGAUUUCUGAUCCAAUCACCGUUAGUCUGAAAUUUGGUACUACGUUGCAGCAAAUUGAGGCUCUUCGAGUUAAGUUGAUUGACUUCUUGAAAGAGGAAAAACGAGACUAUAAGCCCGAUUUACUUACGGAGGUUACUGACUUUCCUAAUUUAUAUUCCAUGUCAUUGCUUGUGGUUUUCUUCCAUAAAUACAACUUUCAGGAUGAAAUUCUGAGAAUGAGACGUCGUAACAUGUUCAUGUGUGCUUUGAUGACUUACCUUCAAGAAUUGGAUAUCGUUUCUCCUAUUAACAACUCACCUGGCAAAACAAAAGAGUCACCCAUGUAUAUCAACGUUGGCAAUGGUGGCGCCUCCUUUGGAGCGAAUCCAUUGGAUAGAACGAAACCAAGCGAAGGCCCACACGGAAUUUUAAGAAAUAGCUCUGUGCGCCAGCCUGUUCCCGAGGAAUCAUCAAGUUCUACUGAUGUAGCGGAUAUGGAGAGACAACCCAGCAAGAAACGUGUUGAUUUUUCAUUGGGAACUUCACAUAUAGUGAAUGCCAUGGAUGACAUUACUGAUAUUGGAAGUAGCGAUGUAACUCGUGAAAAUCUUCCUGAUGUUGUUAUUGAAAGCGCCGGUACUGAGGCUAUGCGUCGUGAGACAAAAUUGCGUAGGCAACAGCAAGAACAAGAACAAGAGGAAGAAGAGAACAAUGAAGAAAACGAUGGAUCUGAAAGAUCAUCCCGAAGAUCUCGUUUCAGUCUUUCAUCUCGCCGCAACUCUGGCCGGGUUAGUGCGCAUACUUCUCCUGGCUUACGCAACGUUGCAGUAGACGACAUGAGGACUUCUUUGAUAGGUCAAAAUAGCACCAGGUCUGCUCAUCUUUAGCUGUCUCUCUGAUUAAGACUUGCACACUGAAUUUGUAAAUCCCAAUAUAAGUAUUGAGAUUUAGAACCCGUAUUUAUUUUAUUUCUAGUAUUUAGGUGUUGUCUUUUAUGAUUUUUACAUUGAAAGUUAAUAAAAUAGGAAAAGAUGUAUGUAUGAAAUGAGCAUCAUCUUUCAUAAUUCUCUUGAAUGGAUUAUUGGAUCUGGCUACUCGGAACAAAAGUGA